AUGUCUACAUGAGCUAAUUUAGGUUUACAAGAUAGAGCUUCUCCUUUAAUAGAACAAUUAAUUUUUUUUCAUGAUCAUGCAUUAUUAAUUUUAGUAAUAAUUACAGUAUUGGUGGGAUAUUUAAUAUUUAUAUUAUUUUUUAAUAAUUAUGUAAAUCGAUUUCUUUUACAUGGACAACUUAUUGAAAUAAUUUGAACUAUUUUACCAGCAAUUAUUUUACUAUUUAUUGCUCUUCCUUCUUUACGUUUACUUUAUUUAUUAGAUGAAAUUAAUGAACCAUCUGUAACUUUAAAAAGAAUCGGCCAUCAAUGAUAUUGAAGUUACGAAUAUUCAGAUUUUAAUAAUAUUGAAUUUGAUUCAUAUAUAAUUCCAACAAAUGAAUUAAUAACUGAUGGAUUUCGAUUAUUAGAUGUUGAUAACCGAGUAGUUUUACCCAUAAACUCACAAAUUCGAAUUUUAGUAACAGCUGCUGAUGUUAUUCAUUCUUGAACAGUACCUGCUUUAGGAGUAAAAGUUGACGGUACACCUGGACGAUUAAAUCAAACUAAUUUUUUUAUUAAUCGACCGGGUUUAUUUUAUGGUCAAUGUUCAGAAAUCUGUGGAGCUAAUCAUAGAUUUAUACCGAUUGUAAUUGAAAGUGUUCCUGUAAAUUACUUUAUUAAAUGAAUUUCUAGAAAUAACUCUU